UUCCGGGUAGCCAUAUUGUGUGGCUGUGACUAUCAAAUUCUUUCAGUGGGAGCAGCGGUUAUGUGUACGUUCGCAGGCAUUAGGUGACGCACGUCUAUCAGGACAGAAGCAAUAUGAACCUGGUGGAUAACCCCUAUACCAGUCUGUCUGGGCAGGACAUGGUUCACACAGACCGCGGUCGUCCACAUGUAGAAGAGGCAAGAGAGCAGUUUUCUCCUCACAUGGAAGGUGUGGUGGGAGACCAGACAGAGGAAGAUGCGAUCACCUCAAGUGAAGGAGAACAGGAGGUUCCAAAUGAACAAGGGCCUGUUGUCAUCUACACACGUGGUGCAAAAAGACACGCCGACAAUGUGGAUGCGUUCUUCAGAAACAACGGUAGAAGUAUACAACGAUUUGAGUGUGACAAUGCUGAGAGGUUGACAGAGGCACUCAAAACAGACUGUACACGUAUGAUUGUGUUGAUUGAUCAAGAGUUUUCUCAGUUGAUGGAAGAUGAAUACAGGAUGCUCAAACGUGUUUUCAAUGAUCUCAUAGAAGCAGAAAAAGAGGUUCAAUUAGUCAAUUAUCUUGAUGAUGACGAAAUCUUCCAAGAAGUAAAGUAUAAGCUUCCUGGGGCCAUGAGAAAAAACAUUAUUCCUAACACUCGGUUCCUCAACAGUACCAAUGGCUAUGUGUCUCUUGAAGAUCAUGCUACAUCAGUUGCACAGGUUGGUGACAACAACAAUAUAGAAGUCCGUCGGGAUGGUGGCAAUAUACGCACACAGCAAGUCGGGAGAAGCAACACGUUUACCGCAUCCAGUGGCCCAUCGAUUCAGGGCUACGAGUUGACCGUAAAGACGCCUGACACAGACUACGAAUUGUGUGUGGAAAUCAAGAGGCACAUCGACAACAACAUCGACAACAUCAACAUCUCCCUGAAACAACACAAUGCCAGAGUGGAGUCUACUAGUCUGGGAUCUGUCAUCAUCAGAGUGGCAGUGGAGCCUGGCACAAAACUUGGCCCAGUUUGGCUGAGACAGGUCAUCACUAAGAUCCUGUGUGAAGACAUCAUUGCUAAACUGCCAAAAGGCACCCGGAUGGAAGUCAGCAUCAGUGCAUCUCUUCCACUCACACCUCUGGAUGUUGAUAUAUUCGAGUUUGAAGAUGAAAACGAAGCCACACAUUGGAUGACAGAAUAUACAUCUGACAUUCACAGGAAGGAUAAAAAUGGUUGCAGCAUGCUCCACCAAGCGGCUAGAAUAGGAAAUAGGGCUGCUGUAAUUUUAAAUCUAAAAUUAGGCUGUGUUGUAAAUGAUCAAAAUCGUCAUGGAAACACUCCUCUUCAUUAUGCAGUAAUGUCAGGGCAAACAGGUGUGUCCUUGUCCAGACUGCUCGUAGAAGGAGGAGCCAGCAUUGAAGUGGUUAACAGGGUUGGAUGCACACCACUACAUCUUGCUGUCACAAAGAGGAACCUGGAGGUGGUUGAACUCUUUGCAAGAAAGUUUGGAGCAAAAGAGAGCAAUCCUACAGCCAAUCAAAAGAUAGAGAUAUCUUCCCUUAUACAUCUCUUGGUCAAACAAGGAGCGGAUGUCAACGCCCUCAACAGACAAAAUCUCACGCCACUACAAGUGGCUGCUUCAUCACAGAGGUUUGAUGUUAUAGUGGCAUUACUGAGUGAAGGCGCUGAUGCAAAUGCUGUUCAUGAAAAUGGUCAAACUCCGUUGCACCAUGUAUUUGGGGUGAAUAAGCCUAACCGGAAAAUUGAUGGUGUCACUGAGACAUACAGACUGAUGAAACACCUGAGAGUAAAGCCUGUCACACAGUCAUCUGGAGAUACAUGUAAACCUGAUAAUGGAGCUAGUGAAGCACCAUCUUCAGUGUUGGACAUACCAGACAGUGAAGGUAAUACUCCACUUCAGAGUGCAAUCAAAUCUAACUUCACACAAGCUGCUAUCAUUCUUUUGGAUGCUGGGGCAAAUGCAAAUACCAAGAACAAGGAAAUAGACACACCCCUCCAUACAGUUGCUGGAAAUACAAACAUCAAGAAUACUACCACUGAACAUGAUGCAGUAGUGAAGAUUAUUGAAUGCAGCAGAGAUGUGAAUGUUACAGAUAAGCAAGGCAAUACACCUCUGAUGUUGGCAGUUAAGAAGAACAAAAACAUCUCACCCCUGCUCAAAGCUGGGGCAAAUGUUAAUUCGCAAAAUGGAUUGGGUAGAACAGCGCUGCAUCUUGCUGGUGAACACCCACAUGACUGGUAUGCACAUGGACCCAUCAACGCGAGACAAAGCAACGACAAACAACUGAUUGCAGCUGGAGCUGACGUCAAUGUUCAAGACAAAAAAGGUAACACGCCUCUGAUGAUGGCUGUAAAGAAUGAAUGGGAUAUCUCACCACUACUCAAAGCUGGGGCAAAUGUUAAUUCAAAAAAUCGACUGGGUAGAACAGCGCUGCAUCUUGUUUGUGAACACCAGGAUUACAUGUAUGAAGCUGCAGUCACACGCGAGAGCUUCACAGAACAACUGAUUGCUGCUGGAGCUGACGUCAAUGUUCAAGACGAAAAAGGUAACACGCCUCUGAUGAUGGCUGUAGAGAGAGAAUGGGAUAUCUCACCACUACUCAAAGCUGGGGCAAAUGUUAAUUCAAAAAAUCGACUGGGUAGAACAGCGCUGCAUCUUGUUUAUGAACACCAGGAUUACAUGUAUAGAGCCACAGUCAACCGCGAGAGCUUCACAGAACAACUGAUUGCUGCUGGAGCUGACGUCAAUGCUCAAGACGAAGAUGGUAACACGCCUCUGAUGAUGGCUGUAGAGAGAGAAUGGGAUAUCUCACCACUACUCAAAGCUGGGGCAAAUGUUAAUUCAAAAAAUCGACUGGGUAGAACAGCGCUGCAUCUUGUUUGUGAACACCCGCAUCACAUGUAUAGAGCCGCAGUCAACCGCGAGAGCUUCACAGAACAACUGAUUGCUGCUGGAGCUGACGUCAAUGCUCAAGACGAAGAUGGUAACACGCCUCUGAUGAUGGCUGUAGAGAGAGAAUGGGAUAUCUCACCACUACUCAAAGCUGGGGCAGAUGUUAAUUCAAAAAAUCGACUGGGUAGAACAGCGCUGCAUCUUGUUUGUGAACACCAGGAUUACAUGUAUAAAGCUGCAGUCACACGCGAGAGCUUCACAGAACAACUGAUUGCUGCUGGAGCUGACGUCAAUGUUCAAGACGAAAAAGGUAACACGCCUCUGAUGAUGGCUGUAGAGAGAGAAUGGGAUAUCUCACCACUGCUCAAAGCUGGGGCAAAUGUUAAUUCAAAAAAUCGACUGGGUAGAACAGCGCUGCAUCUUGUUUGUGAAAACCGGCAUCACAUGUAUAGAGCCGCAGUCAACCGCGAGAGCUUCACAGAACAACUGAUUGCUGCUGGAGCUGACGUCAAUGCUCAAGACGAAGAUGGUAAUACGCCUCUUCACAUUUGUGUAAAGAAUAAUGAUAACGGUUCUGUCAAAGUCCUUUUGAGUGUUUUACGGACUGAUGUCAAAAUUACAAAUAGAAAUGGAAAAUCAGCAUUGGACCUCGCUGAAGAAGCUGUAACACCAACACAUUUUGGUACUUGGGGAAAAUUCAGGAAAAGACCAGAAAUAUCUUUUGGUACACCUGGAUAUUCUCAUGAUCCUGAAAAGGAUAAAAAAGCAAAAAUACAUCCAAUCCUCAGCAGACGUCCAGAUCGCAAUGCUGAAGAAGCUGUAACACCAACACAUUUUGGUACUUGGGUAAAAUUCAGGAAAAGACCAGAAAUAUCUUUUGUUACACCUGGAUAUUCUCAUGAUCCUGAAAAGGAUAAAAAAGCAAAAAUACAUCCAAUCCUCAGCAGACGUCCAGAUCGCAAUGCUGAAGACCACAGUGACAGAACCCCUUUGAACAUUGCUAAAAUGUCAGGCAACAUACCUCUUGAAGAACUUCCGUUAUCUGGAGGAAAAAUGUCAGAGGAGUCAGAGUUUGGCUCGUCGAGGCCAAGACCUCAUUAUUCAUCAUCAGAAAAGACGAAAUUGAAAAUGCAAGAAAAGACUAAAAACCUGUGGAAGGGAAUGUUUGAAGGGAAUAUGGACGUCCAUUAGAUCAAUGUCACAAAAAGGAACUUGAUUAUGUGUUGACAAGAUAGGCAAUUGUCCUACCCAAAACUAGCCAUUGUUGCAGACAUGAUGCAUUUCUAGUGCGUGACAUUUAGGACAUAUUUCGUGGCAGAUUCUGUACCGUGAAUGUCCAACAUGCAUAAAGUCAUCAAUGCUUCCACUUUCUAUAAAUAUUUUGUGAAAUCGUACGCGACUGGACAAACAUUCCCAUUCACAAAGAAGUAAUGACCAGUACAUAUAUUACAAGCAAUGCAAAUCCUUAUCUGGACAGCAUAAGGUGAUAUUUGUCUUUCAUUUCAAAAACAGAAAAAGUAUGUAAUAUACACAUGAUGUUCGUGUAUUAUGACUGGAUAAUCACUAUCAUAACUUCGAACGUUUGUAACUAAUAGAUGUAUUUUCAAUGAAUUUUAAGUAAGAAUUACCUUGCUUACAAACGAGUGUUGCGUAAUUCCUAUCUGUGUACAUGUAUAUGUUUCAAA